AACUUUCUUUCAGGACUUUAAUAUCUUCCAAAUAACUUGCAAAACCUGGUCAUUCUUCUUGUUCUGAAACCAUUUUCACCAAUUGAGAACAAUUGGUAACUUAAGUCUAAACCGCGUUUUUCCUAAUUUUAAAAAUAUUGCCUUGAAAAGGAAGUAAAUAGAACAAAAAUAUUAUUUAUAUUUGGUCUUGGUCUAUAUAUUUAUCAUAAGGCUUAUAGUUAUCAAACCAUAACGAAAAAACAAAGAAUAUGGGUCCAAAAACAUCACAUAAGGUUGCUCUUCUGGUAUCUCUUCUCCUUUUGAUUUUAACACUUUCCUCUCAAGCUAGAGUCAUCGAGGCUGCAAGCCGAAAACUUGCAUCCGGAAGGAACAUCGUGUAUACUCCAUCUUCAAAAUCUUGCGGGGCGACCCACGCAACAUGGAAGAAGAAGAAACGCGGACCAUGUAGACGUCCUCCAAGAACUGCACCAGCUUCUUACCAAUCACCAUAAGACCAUAAGACAGUUUUCUCAAAACAAGGAAAGAUCAUAUAAGACACUUUUUUUCAUGAUUGUGAAUGAGUCCAAUCUUGGAACCAUAUUUUCAGUUAUUUUCUUUGUUUUUUGUUUGGCAUCCUAAAUAAGAAAUCAAAUGUUUGAUCGUUU